ACCAAACUACCCAUCUUCGUCCCUCUAAAGAAGAAGAUUCAACCCUGAAACGCUGAACAGAAGACUGUAAGGCUAAAGCUCUCGGGGUACCUUCAUUUGCAUUACAUCAAUUAUGGGGAGUCUCUUCGGUUAUCGUGAUUCGAGUCCAUCUGUGAAGAACAUUCUUCUUCUAGACUCUGAAGGGAAGCGUGUGGCCGUCAAGUAUUACUCUGAUGAUUGGCCGACGAAUGCUGCAAAGCUAGCUUUUGAAAGAUCUGUGUUUGCUAAGACUCUAAAGACAAAUGCAAGGAUAGAAGCGGAGAUAAUGAUGUUCGAGAGCCACGUUGUUACAUAUAAGUUUGUGCAGGACCUUCACUUCUUUGUGACUGGAGGUGAUGAUGAAAACGAACUCAUUUUAGCCACUGUACUUCAGGGGUUCUUUGAUGCAGUUGCCCUUCUCUUGAGGAACAACGUCGACAAAAGAGAGGCACUAGAGAACCUGGAUCUCAUACUUCUAUGCUUUGAUGAGAUCGUUGAUGGAGGGAUGAUACUUGAAACAGAUCCAACUGUUAUCGCAGGAAAGGUGGCAACUCAUACCAUGGAUGCUGAUGCACCAUUGUCUGAGCAGACUAUAACACAAGCAUGGGCUACAGCAAGGGAACAUCUAACCAGAACCCUUCUAAAAUGAUUUGAGUGCCAACGCAUUGAAUCAGUUGGCCUUCUUUUUGGUGUGAUUGAUGAAAUUGUUUUGAUAUUGACAAGGUCAUGCUCUCUUAAUUCAUGUUGUAGAUGUCAUUGGAUUAUCAGCUGGAUCAUAUGUUAUGAGCUUGUCUCCUUAUACCAUUAUUCUUUUGUGGGCUUCA